AUGAAUCAAGCUCCUCCCAUGGAUGAUAUCUUUGCUUCACCCAAACAACCUUCGCUUUUUCCGAUGAUCAUUUCUCGUCCGUCAAUAUCCAAGGAUGAUUACCAUCUGUUUUACAAGCACGAACGUAGAUUAUUCACUCUCUUGCUUCUAGUUCUUCAUCGAGACGUCUUUCAGUCGACGCUAGUCAUGGGUUUUCUCAUAUGGCUAGAAAGAGAAGGGUACACCUCAAAGAAUCUUGUUGAAAUGAUCAUCAAUUCUUUGGCCCCAGAGGUGAUCGAUCAGCUUGCUGAUGAGGUUGUCGUAUGCCUUAAAUUCUUGCAGAAGAUACCCAACAACGCCAUGUUUGAUGGAAGCACCGACAUAAGGCUGCUUCAGAAUUUGCUUGAUCGAAAAGAUAUAAACCUGCAAGAGCUUCGUCGCAACCAAGACCCGAUUUUCAGUGAGGUGUCUGUCAUCACCAAGGAUAUUUCCGCCAAGGCGUUUGACGACAUUUUGGACGGGUUCACGAGCAGGAAUCGUGGGCCUUUGGUGAUGCGAUCUCCCGGGCGUGCUACCGUUAGUGACCUCCGGAACGUGCGCGGUGUUGCCCCUAUUCCUUCAUACAAUAUCCGUCCUUAUGUUCGAGUUCAUCAAAAUCCAGCAGUUGCAGCUGGUUCAAGCCGAGAUGCACGAGUUAUGCAAAAUUAUGUUAUGAUGCAUCAACAAAUGGUUCGUGUUGCAGGCCCUACAAAUCGUCGUGGUGUGGUCACUCCGGUGAUGGAUUUGGUUCCGGUUUAUGCCACCGGCCAUGGUCCAUAUGUCCUCAAAGAGCCAGACGAAGAGGUGCCACCAGAAGAACGGACCAUCUUCCUCACAUUUUCCAAAGGAUACCCAAUUUCUGAAAAUGAAGUUAGACACUACUUCACUAGGCUAUUUGGGGAUUUCAUCGAAUCCAUUCAUAUGCACGACGCCGGACCAGAGAAUCAAUCACUCUACGCUCGAAUUGUGGCUCGUUCUCUGUCUAUGGCAAGAGGUGUAAUUGAGAGAGAUGGUGUUGAUGGGAAGUCUAAAUACAACAUUAACGGGAAGCAUGUUUGGGCACGAAGAUUUGUAAAGAGAACACCAUCUAGGAACACUAAUGACACUAUUGCACCAUUGCAACUUCACAAGAUUAAUCAUCUAACAUAA